UCCUACAUUCAGUUCUUCUCUGUGCAUUCUUCGUGUAAGGAUCUUCCAGCUAAAUCUUCACCAACUUUUAAACCUCUUAAAAGCUUAAAAAUGAAAUUUGUUGUUGCAUUCACUGUCUUCAUGGUUAUUUUGUGCGCAGUCAAAGCCGCACCUGCUGAAAGUGACAGACCAGCAGUUACGCUGCGUGAUACUCGCAACAACAAUGGAAUUGAUAACUACCAGUUUGACUUUGAGACGAGCAAUGGAAUUCAACGGCAAGAAACAGGUGAAUUGAAGCAAGUUGAAGAAAAUUCUGCAAUUGUUGUUCGUGGAUCAGCAUCUUGGACUUCACCUGAAGGUACCCUGAUCGAGCUUAAGUACACUGCCGAUGAAAAUGGAUAUCAUCCCAUUGUUUAAAUAGAGGUUGAUGUAGAAUCGAAAGACUGAUUGAUUUUGACUUAAUCGAAUUUUUAUCGAACUUGUUUUUAUUUUUUGUUUUAUGUAUUGUUUUAUUCAACACGUUUAUUAUUAAUAAAAUAAAAAGUAUUAUAUUUUUA